AUGUCUUCCGACAAUGACUUUGAUUCAUCCUCUACAUCUUCCUCCUCCUCCUCCUCCUCCUCCUCAUCUUCUGACGAUGGUGGGGUGAAAUCAAUAUACCGAGGUGUUGCUAUUGCAGCAAUUAUAUAUGAGAGGCAACGACAGAAAAAAAGACCUCGUCCGGAUGGUUCUAUUAAAUCACGACGAUACAUACCUCGUGAUAGGAUUGGAGCUGGACAAAUUUUGAUGAGGGAUUACUUUGCUGAUGAUUGCCAUGAUCCGGUGAACUUCCAGCAACGCCGAGAUGCUUUUCAGAAGUUGGGUCUAUCUUCUCUCCAAAAGGUCACAGCCGCACUCAGGAUGUUGGCAUAUGGAAUGGCAGCUGAUCAAUGUGACGAGUACCUCAAAAUAGGAGAGAGCACUGUAAUGAAAAGCCUAAAAAAAAUUUGCAAUGCUGUCAUUGAGAUCUUCGGAAGUGAAUACUUGAGAACUCCAACCGAGGAGGACAUUCAACACAUCCUUGCAGAAAAUGCCGCUAGAGGGUUUCCAGGCAUGGUUGGAAGUUUGGACUGCAUGCACUGGAAGUGGAAAAACUGCCCAACUGGAUGGCACGACAGUCAUGUGAAUGGAAAAAUUGGAGCCCCCACACUCAUCUUAGAGGCUGUUGCGACGCACAACCUUUGGAUAUGGCAUUGUUUCUUUGGGAUGGCAGGUACAAAUAAUGACCUCAAUGUUUUGAAUAAUUCUCAUCUCUUCAACCGUAUUGUGUCAGGUGAAGCUCCAACAUGUAAUUUUGUUGUAAAUGGGCAUCCAUACACAAUGGGUUACUACCUCUCUGAUGGCAUAUAUCCGAAGUGGGCAAUACUAAUUCAGACAAUCAGCCAUCCAGUCAAUGCAAAACAGAAGCUUUUUGCUGAAGCACAAGAGGCGGUAAGAAAGGAUGUAGAGCGGGCGUUUGGGGUUUUGCAAGCUCGAUUUGCUAUCGUGAAGGGAUCGGUACGCCUUUGGCAUCGAGAAGAAUGUGGUCUUAUUAUGAAGACGUGCAUUAUACUCCAUAAUAUGAUAGUAGAGAGCGAGGAAGAUCCUGAGGAGUGGACACCCCCCGAAGGGGAAACGUAUGAACCUGUGGUUUUUAAUCGAGACGUUAACCUACUUCGACGCAAUCGUAUUAGCCGAAUUAAGGCUAUGACAAGCGAGGUUACACAUAGUCAACUGAAAUUGGAUCUCAUUGAGCAUUUGUGGAACCACCACGGAGAUGAACAGCUUUGA